AUGGAGUUCGGGAAAAGGCAGGCGUCUCUCCUGGAAGCGAUUACAGCCGAUGCUUGUCUGAUGAUGGUGGCUGAGGAGGGAUUUACUUCCGCUGUGGGAUCUAUCUUGCGCUUGAGAAGCUCUGCCAACACAAUCGAAGGACGCGAUGGCAAGAUUUUUCCAACAAACCUCAUUCGACUGGAAAGGACGCCAGUUCUGAAGAUGCUGCUCAACAAGGGGGUUUUUUGUCGAGACUUUGUCGCUGACAGUAGCGUCUGGUCUCUCCCAGUAGCGGCCAAGAGCUCAAUGGAUGUAUACACACUGCUUCAAAACUUUGGCGCUUGUUUCUCCACGGCGCUAUUCGCUGCCGUUACCGCUAACAAUCUGACCGAUAUGAAAUCAUUGGAAAUUGCGGUAAUGCUCGUGAAGUAUGGCGCAAAUCCUGAAAUCCAUACCGAACGUGGUGACCUUUUCACCACGGCCGAAGAGAACAUGUAG